AUGAAUGUGAGCGUGUGUGUGUGUGUGUGUGUGUGUGCACGAGAGAAUGGUCUCAAGCUACUGCUGAGAGAAUUCUGAAAAGCCUUGAGGGAGAUUUCCUCUGAAAGAAAAGGCUUUCCUCUCCCGCUCCCCCCCCGUCUCUCUCCCUCCCUCUCUCUCCCUCUGUGUGUCACACUCACUCACUCGCUGGCAUGCUCUGCCCCCUCGCUAACUCCGGUCAAAUAACACAGAGCUGAGAGCGCAGAGCUGACGGGAGCCACAGCCGGCUCUUCUCUCGGUGCCUCUGAGUCCUGCGCGCUUCCUUUGGGACUUUUUUUCCGGAGAACGGGGGAGAAUGGGAACUGUCCUGCUUUGCCUCCCCUGUUUACGGGCUAACAAGCGUCCGGAGACCCCUUCGUCCCAGAGAGCCUCUUCAGUUUUAACCGGCACGAACGGAGGAGGGAAGCAGCGCUAGUGUGGCUAACUAAGGGGACUUUACUAGACGGGAAUACCGAGGGAAACAUGACAACUCUUAAUGGGAAUACCAAGAUACUUUAGGAAAGAUGAACCCAGAGUCGCUGGACUCGUCCAUCCAGAGUGCCCUGUCCGCUCUAUACCCUCCCUUCGAUGCCACUGCCCCUACUGUUCUCAGCCAGCUCUUCCGGGUCAUAGAGGAGCGUUACCAGGGCGACGCACUCCAGUGCCUGCUGGACUUCCUCAUCCCCGCCAAGCGCAUCCUCGAGAGCGUGCAGCAAGCAGCAUGCGCAGCGUACUCUGAUGUGCUGUUUAGGUGUGAGGGCUGGCCCCUCUGCCUACGUGAGCGGGUGGUGAUCCAGCUGGCCUCCCUCAACCCCCUGCUCCUGCGUCCGGGUGACUUCUACCUGCAGGUGGCGCCCUUCGCCGACCAGGCCGCCCGCAUCGUCCUCAAGAGCCUGCUGGAAGAGCACCAGGUGGAGGUGGAGGAAACGCCCGUCUCCGAGACCUCCUACCCCUGCAUCUUCACCGAGGACUGGCUGAGUGACGUCAACCGCGAUCGCCAUGGUACCCCGCUACGCCGCUGCCUGCUCUCCACGGACCAGGGCGUGGUGAAGGUACCCUGGGCUCAGGUAGCCAACCCGGAGUUUGUGAACAAACCCAAAGCCAUGGCAACUGCCUCCCCCUCCUCAGUCAUCCCAGAUACUCCCCCCAAUCCUCCGCUGCCACUACCAGUUGGCCCCUCCCCUUUCUCCCUGGAGACCAGGAUCCAGCCGGCCAAAGACGGGAUCGCCGUGUCGCUGUGCCUCGUCGAGGGCGUCCGCUCCGGGUCGGUCAAGGUGGGCGGGGCCAUUCCGGCCGGGAAGCCCGUGGGCUGGGUGUCGCCCAGCACCUGGGACGGUCGCCACGUUCGAGACCUGGAGGGCGACUACGUGGACCUGGUGGAGUUCACCAAGGAGAAAGAAGCCAGGACUGAGGCUCCACUACCCAAACUCCAGAGCGUAAUACCCGUCCGGCCGGCUCCCCCCGCCCCACCUGCCCCCCGUGGGGACCAGUCACCCUGCGGUCGGACACUCGGGUUUUCGGAGGAGCCCUGUACCCCGUGCCUGAGGAGGAAACUGGGCGAGGAUGUGGACCCGGAGGAGCUGAGGUGCCGGUAUCGGGACUCCUACAUGGCAGCGCUGCAGAACCCGGUCAGUUUUGAGGCCAGGAGCAUGCUGGCUAUCCCGGAGGAGCCCCCCCCUGUGAGCGGUGGCGGUGGGCUGGGCUCUGAGAUUGACAGCAAGGCUCCGGGCCAGGUCCUUGGUGGAUACUGCUGUCACUCUGGGCACCCCUGCCAGACGUCCCCUGCCAGGGAAGGGAACAUUAAUCCUUCGGGACGCUCGGACGUACAAAAUUUUAAGAAGGCCCAUAAAAACGUGGGAAAGCCCCUCUCUCCUUCCCCUUCCACUGUAUCGGAAACUUCCCGAAAAUGUCCCAUGACGCAAAGACAGAGCAAAAGGAGCAACAGUGACAUCUGCCCUGAAAUGAUUCCCAGGAUACAAGUUGUGCAGUGCGUAAAGACCACGGCAUUCGGACUAGUUUCUCCAAAAUUGGAGAGACGAAAAUCCUCUAAAAAAGAUGUCACCCUGCCUUCUAAAGCUGAAGUGCUGUCCCCUCUGCCUCCUGUAAACGGACAGGAGAGAGAGCUCCAGCCCCCCCCAGCAGAGAAGCAGUCGGGCCCCCAAAUCCACCCCCCUUCCCCCCGGACUUCCGGCCCACUGCCCAUACCUUCUCCGGAAUCCGGCAGCUGUCUCCUCCACCUGGGAGUUGUGUGCCUGCCAGGAAGCAGAGACAGGACAGGCAGAGCCGUGAUGGAGGUCUACGGUGACCACCGUGGCUGGAGGUCACCUCUGGUGUCCAAGCAGGAGCUAUGCAAUCUGCUGCUUUACUUGCACUCAAUUCCCAGGAAGGAGGUUCGAAAGCUAGGAAUGACAGUGGUGAUAGAUGCAAGGAAGAUAUCACCCCCAGAAACUCUAUUCAAAGCUCUGCUAAUGGUUCAGGUGCAGACCCCACACGUUGUCAACUGCGUCCUGACGCUGGUGGACAAAGAGACCAGCCCUCGUCCAGAACGCCACCCGGGACUACAGAUGGACAUUGUGACGUCGAUGAAGGCACUCCAUAAGUCAGUGGAAGGACAGCAGCUGACAUCGCGGCUGGAUGGCACCUUCCCGUACAACCACAGCGACUGGCUGAAGCUCUAUCAGAAACUGGAUCCUUUCCUGUCAGAUUUGAGAGAGGCAUCCAGCUUGCUUCAGAAGGCCAUCGAGAGGCUCGCAGACAUCGGAGGAGCGGACACAGUGCAGGAAGUCCAGCAGUGCAUCAGGGAGCAGAAGGCUUUGAUGAAGAAGGUGCUGGAAGACACGAGAUUGGUGGCCCUGCAGAGGGAGGGCGGGGCCACCCUGGCUAGGCUGAGGAAGGAGGAGACCAGAUUCCCGCAUUCUGAGGACUAUCGGGAUGCCAUGGACUCAGUGACCACACUGUAUAAUCAUGUGGAGGAGCAGGUUCACACCCUGGUCAUGAAGUCCAAUGAGAGUCUACAGCAUCUGGAGUUCCUGCUUCAUCUCAGGGAUCUGGAGGACAGAUUCAAGAGGGUGAUGGGCUGGUUCGCUGAGGAAGGAGAAUGGCAGCUUGUGGAGGCGAAUGCAGCUCUGGACACGCUGGAGAGGGUGGAGCAGUCCCGUCAACGUUUCAGCGCCUUCCUCGCGCGGACCAGCGAGCAAAACCAGCAGGCUGUGGCUUUGAUGUCUGAAGCAGGGAAGAUGGAGGGGGCGUCCUAUCCUGAGACGGAGGCGUUCCGGUCAAUGGUGCGCACGUUCAAGGCCAGCCUCGCGGCCUUCUCUCAGAGAGCAGAGCGGUGUCGCGCGGAACUGGAGAACAUGGCUGGCCUGUACCGCUUCUGCGAAAAGGCUACUCAGCUUGCCAACGAGUGCAGACAAUAUAUGGACCACGCGCAGCCAGGAUGCUAUUCAACAAAGACUGAACUAUGUGCGCUGAAGCGAUUCCAGGAACGAUUCGGUGAAUUUUCUGCAGAGCGUUUCAAGGACGCUAAGGCUCGGGCUAGCGCUUGCUCCAGGGGACUGAGGGUAUGGAAUGUGGCUUGGCUCAAGUGCCAGGAAGCCAGGCAGCAGCUGGAGGAGAGACUGCAGGAGCUCGACAGAACCCAGAAGCCCGCGGUCGGGGUAGCGGAGCCGAGGUGUCAGGUGAAGGAGGAUGAAAGCCUUUCACCGCCCUCCCCUCGAGCGGCUCCCUCCCGCCCCGCGGACGCGCGACGGGAGGCGGAGAGCGCCAGCGAGGACGACGGCGCCAGGGUGACGUGCUUCAACAUCAGUAUCAGACCCGAAGGCAACGGAACCAAAACAGCGGCGGACUCCGGGUCGGGGAUCCCAAAACUGGGCCCCAAAGAAGAGGAGGAGGCGGGCCGAACUAGCGAGGAGCGCGACAGCGACGCAGGCUUUGGCGAAGGCGACCCCGCCGACGGGCAGGAGCGGUCGCCGUGCCACCAGGCCCUGGGCAGGUCGCUGAGCGAGGGUUUCGGCGCGAGCCCCUCCCAAGCCGGGCCUCAGGAGUCGUCCGGCCCCCUCGCCGCCGGCCUCGCCCGCCCUCACGGCCUGCCCUCCUGCCGAAUACUGAAGGCCGCGCAGCACUACCAGAUCUCCCGCCACGGCAGCUUCUGCGCCGACGACCCCUGCCACCUCUGCGACCCGGGGGCCGGCGCCCUUCAGACCGCCGCGUCCGCCACCACGGCCGCGCUCGGGCACGAGGGCGUGACCCCGGUGGGCGUGGCCAACACAGAGCAGAACGGCACCAACGUUUUGAAGCUGCGGCGGAUCGCGGAGGAGCUGACGGCGACGGAGCGGGAGUACGUGCGCUCGCUGGGCUACGUGGCGGCGCACUACAUCCCCGAGCUGGAGCGGCCCGACGUGCCGCAGGGCCUCCGGGGCCAGCGCGGCUGCAUCUUCGGCAACCUGGAGAAGCUCCACAGCUUCCACCGCCACGCCUUCCUGCCCGAGCUGGAGGCCUGCGCCCAGGAGCCGCGCCGGGUCGGCCGCUGCUUCCUCAGACACAAGGAAGGCUUUGCUCUUUACGCACUCUACAGCAAGAACAAACCACAAUCAGACAUCCUGCUGAGUCAGCAUGGACACGCCUUCUUCAAGCAGAAACAGGCCGAGCUGGGGGAUAAGAUGGACCUGUGGUCUUACCUGCUGAAGCCGGUCCAGAGGAUCAGCAAGUACAGCCUGCUACUGCAGGACAUGGCGAGGGAGUGCGGGCCCGAGCGAGCUCGCGAGAGAGCCGAGCUCCUGGCCGCCCUGCAGGUCAUCCGCUUCCAGCUGCGUCACGGCAACGACCUCUUGGCCAUGGACGACAUUCAAGACUGCGACGUGAACCUGAAAGAGCAGGGUCAGCUGAUCCGUCAGGACGAAUUUCUGGUGUCCUUCAGGAAGAAGAAAUGCUUCCGUCAUGUCUUCCUCUUCCAAGACCUCAUCCUCUUCAGCAAAACCAAGAAGACUGAAGUAGGAAAUGAUGUGUACAUCUACAAGCAGUCUUUCAAGACCUCUGACAUCGGUAUGACACAUAAUUCUGGGAGCAGUGGGCUGUGCUUUGAGAUCUGGUUUCGGCGGAGAAAGUCCCAGGACACCUACAUUCUCCAGGCUGAGAAUGAGGAGCUGAAGAAGGCCUGGACCAACGACCUGGAGCGGAUUCUAUGGGAGCAGGCCGCACACAACAGAGAGAUCCGGAUGCAGGAACGGGUGUUCAUGGGAAUUGGCAACAAACCCUUCAUAGACAUAAAGCCGAGUGACGCGGCGAUCAGUGACCGAGCAGUCAACUGCGUACUGACCGGAGGAGAAUCCAAGGUGUCAACCUCCUCUGGGGUUUCAGGAACUCAGGGAGCUCUCAUUUUGCCACGGCCUAAUUCGAUUGGAUCAGGCAGCAGUGCAUCAUCUUCUGAAAGUCGCUCCUCUUUCUCCUCUGGGCGAGGGUCCCUGUCUGCCAUUGGCUAUUUAUGCGACCAAUCCCAGACAGGCAACGGCCAUGGUGUCUAUUCAGCCACAACAGCUUUGGAGGAUGAUGACCUGGACAAUGAGAAUGAGAGCUUUCAUCUACUUUUGGACAGCUCAGAAUCUUCAGGGGAGAGUGUGAGUGGAUUCAGCAGCUCUGAUCAAAUUUGUCUGUCUGCGAUUGGCGGAGAUGCAGAAGACACAUCCUCUGUGUCUUCCUCUCGUUCCUCCGGGAAACACUACGACCACCAAAUUCCACCAAAUUUCCGUAUACAUGCUUCUCCAGCUCCAUCCAGACUGUGGUCUUUUGCUCUACCCACACAGAGGGCUCAAAUGAACCGCAAGCGUUCUGGAAAGGCUAAAGAAACUGGCCCCGCUGGAAAAUCCACCGAGGUUUAACAUGGUGAAUGCCACUUCCUUCCUUCGCGCUCACCCAGUGGAGAAGGAUCAGUGACGCACACUGGAGCUGUAGACGGCUUGCGCAAAUGGGGUUGUCUAAAAAGGGAAGGACAAUCGCUUGAUCGCCCAGUCAUUUUUAUCGCCGUAAACCAACCGCCUCCUCAGUAUUCUUCACAUUGAAAGCUUACGGCAACUGGCUUAAUGUAAAUUUGGGUUUCCACUUGCAGUACAUGGCAUCCGGUAGUCUAUCCGGGAAAUUUGUUUUCUUUCCAGAAAAAUGAAGAAAAAAAAGUGAUUUUUCAUGUACUGUACAAGUUUUGUUUUGUAUGUAUGCAACGAAUAUCAUUUUCUCAGUUGUCUUGGAAAUGGAAUAAUGUUACCACCAUGGUCCUGUAGUCUGUAUCCUUUAUCAUACGUCCUAAUAUGAGGUUGUUCACUCUGAACAUUUUGAACAUUAUAAUUGUCCUAAAUUAUACCAGGUACCAGGGAACAAGUUUUUGUUUUGUUUUUUUGCAGUUUCUGAACUUUUGUAACCACAGAAUGUGUUAUCUCAUUGUCAUUUAAACUGUGUUUAGUUAAACUCGGACAAACAAGGAUUCUGAUGCCAAAAAAGUAAUUUAUAGACAUGCAUGAAACAAGAUUGUGAGCAAAAUGAAAUAUCAUUAUUUGACACUUAUCAUCACUCUUGCAUCUCUGUUAUUUAGGGGGGGAAAUGUGCCACGUGUGCUAUGAAAGCACAGUGGAAAUCAAAGGGAGCAGGGGUGUUCUCAAAGAAAAAUGAAAAAAUAAAUCACAAAUUCAUUAAAA